GUUGUCAGUUCAGUCGACAGCUGCUGCUGGAGCAGCUCUAUUAUCACUGACGUCACCGGCACAGCUCUGCUCUCCAGUCCAAAGCCGGAGGAGCACCGAGAGGAGGAGGAGGAGGAGAAGAGCCUGGGCAGAGCCGCACGCCUCUCAUCCGGGGAGAUUCAGCUCUUUUUCUAUUGCUAAUAAGCGCAGAUCCGCACCAGGCUGCUAUAGGACGGACUCUCAAUAGCUGCGCUGUAGCUCAGGUGUGCAAUGGAUGAUGGGAAGCCUGUUUGGGCGCCCCACCCGUCUGAUGGGUUCCAGCUGGGCAUGAUAGUGGACAUCGGGGCCGACACACUCACUAUCGAACCACUCAAUCACAGGGGCAAGACAUUUCUGGCUCCCAUCAGCCAAGUCUUCCCAGCUGAGGAUGAUGUCAACAAACAUGUGGAGGACAACUGUUCUCUUAUGUACUUAAAUGAAGCCACGCUUCUCAACAAUGUCCGUGUGCGCUACAGCAAAGACCAGAUCUAUACGUUUGUAGCCAACAUCCUGAUUGCCGUGAACCCCUACUAUGACAUCCCCAAGCUCUACGCUCCCGAGACUAUAAAGAGCUACCAGGGUCGCUCUUUAGGAACCCUCCCUCCUCAUGUUUACGCUAUUGCUGAUAAGGCAUAUCGGGACAUGAAGGUGCUGAAGAUGAGCCAGUCCAUCAUUGUGUCUGGUGAAUCUGGAGCUGGAAAAACAGAAAACACAAAGUUUGUCCUCAGAUAUUUAACUACAUCCUAUGGGACAGGUCAGGAUAUUGAUGAGCGAAUUGUUGAAGCCAAUCCACUACUUGAGGCAUUUGGGAAUGCAAAGACCGUCAGAAACAACAACAGUAGCCGCUUUGGAAAAUUUGUGGAAAUUCAUUUCAAUGAUAAGAAUGCAGUGGUGGGAGGAUUUGUCUCUCACUAUCUGUUAGAGAAGUCUCGCAUCUGCAUGCAGGGCGCUGACGAGCGCAAUUAUCACAUCUUUUAUCGACUCUGUGCUGGAGCCUCUGAAGACAUCAGGAACAUGCUGCACCUGAACUCCCCUGACAGCUUCCGGUAUUUGAAUCGGGGCUGCACCAAAUACUUUGCAAGCAAGGACUCGGACAAGCAGAUCAUGCAAAACAGGAAGAGUUCUGAGCAUGUGAAAGCAGGAGCUUUGAAAGACCCCCUGCUGGAUGACCUUGGGGACUUUAACAGAAUGUGUGUGGCCAUGAAGAAGAUUGGCCUGGAUGACACUGAGAAGCUCAAUCUCUUCCGAGUGGUGGCUGGAGUUCUGCAUCUAGGCAAUAUCGAUUUUGAAGAGACUGGGAGCACCUCUGGUGGGUGUGUUCUGAAGAACCAAUCGAGUGAGACUCUGCAGUACUGUGCAGAGCUCCUGGGUCUGGACCAGGAGGACCUGAGAGUCAGCCUCACCACCAGGGUCAUGCUCACUACUGCAGGGGGCGCCAAAGGCACAGUCAUCAAGGUGCCUCUGAAGGUGGAGCAGGCCAACAAUGCGCGAGAUGCCCUGGCCAAGGCCGUUUACAGCUGCCUCUUCGAUCAUGUGGUCACACGGGUCAACCAGUGCUUCCCCUUCGAGACCUCCUCCAACUUCAUCGGAGUGCUGGACAUCGCUGGUUUUGAAUAUUUUGAGCACAACAGUUACGAGCAGUUCUGCAUCAACUACUGUAAUGAGAAGCUGCAGCAGUUUUUUAAUGAGCGCAUUCUGAAAGAGGAACAAGAGCUGUAUCAGAAGGAAGGCUUGGGAGUGAAUGAAGUUCAUUAUGUCGAUAAUCAAGACUGUAUAGACCUGAUUGAGGCAAAGCUGGUGGGGAUUCUGGACAUCCUGGAUGAGGAGAACCGCCUGCCGCAGCCCAGCGACCAGCACUUUGCAGAAGCUGUUCACAGCAAGCACAAAGACCACUUUCGCCUGACGAUUCCCAGGAAGUCGAAGCUAGCAGUCCAUAGGAACAUAAGAGAUGAUGAAGGAUUUAUCAUCAGACACUUUGCUGGAGCUGUGUGCUAUGAGACGACCCAGUUUGUGGAGAAGAAUAAUGAUGCCCUCCACAUGUCCUUGGAGAGCCUCGUGUGCGAGUCGAAGGACAGGUUUGUCCGGGAUCUCUUUGAGAACAACUCCAACUCUAAGGACUCCAAGCAGAAGGCUGGCAAACUCAGCUUCAUCAGCGUGGGAAACAAGUUCAAGACCCAGUUGAAUCUUCUACUUGAAAAGCUUCGCAGCACAGGCUCCAGCUUUAUCCGCUGUGUGAAGCCCAAUCUGAAGAUGGUGAGCCACCAGUUUGAGGGAGCGCAGAUUCUGUCCCAGCUCCAGUGUUCUGGGAUGGUUUCAGUGCUGGAUCUGAUGCAAGGGGGCUUCCCCUCGCGAGCCCCUUUCCAUGAACUUUAUAACAUGUAUAAGCAGUACAUGCCUGAUAAGCUCACCAGACUGGACCCUCGUCUCUUCUGUAAGGCUCUGUUCAAAGCUCUGGGCCUCAAUGACAAAGAUUACAAGUUUGGACUCACCAGGGUGUUUUUCCGACCUGGAAAGUUUGCAGAGUUUGACCAGAUCAUGAGAUCUGACCCAGAGCACCUGGCAGAGCUGGUCAAGCGAGUCAACCAGUGGCUGGUGUGUAGCCGCUGGAAGAAGGUCCAGUGGUGUGGACUAUCCGUCAUUAAACUGAAGAACAAAAUGAUGUACAGGGCCAGUGCCUGCAUUAAGAUUCAGAAGACAGUUCGCAUGUGGUUAUGCAAGAGGAGACACAAGCCCCGCGUUGAUGGCCUGGUGAAGGUACGGAACCUGAAGAAGAGAAUGGAGAAGUUUAAUGAAGCUGUAAGUGGCCUGAAAGAAGGCAAGCAGGAGAUGAGCAAGCAGAUCCAGGAGUUGGCUGCCUCCAUCGAUGCCCUGCUGGCCAAGAUUAAGAUGACAGUGAUGAGUCGAAAGGAGAUUGAGCAGGAGUACGAGGGCCUAGUGAAGAAAUCAGAGCAGCUGCUCUCCUCCAUGCAGAAGAAGAAGCAGGAGGAGGAGGAGAUGGAGCGGCUGAGGCGCAUCCAAGAGGAAAUGGAGAAGGAGAGGAAGAGGCACGAGGAGGAGGAUAAGCUACGCAAGCAGGAGGAAGAGGACCGCCGCAUGAAAUCCGAGAUGGAGCAGAAGAGGAAACAGGAAGAAGAGGAGAGGAAGAAGAUGGAGGAGGAAGAGCGAAUCCUGCAGGCAGAGCUGGAUAUUCAGUUGGCUCUGGAGCGGGAGGAGGAGACUCAGAGGCAGACCGUUGUAGAACAGGAGAGAAGAGACAGAGAGCUGGCCCUGCGGAUCGCACAGAGCGAGGCCGAACUCAUCCAAGACGACGCCCAGUUGGAUCCAAGCCUGCGCAGUUUUGGUACUACAGGCAUUGCUUUUCCUUCAAAACCAUUGAAGGGAGCGCAGGUGCAAGCCAGCAAGGCGGCUGCUGGGAUGAAGAAGUACGACCUGAGCAAGUGGAAAUAUGCUGAGCUGAGAGAUGCCAUCAACACCUCCUGUGAUAUUGAGCUGCUGGCAGCGUGCAGAGAAGAGUUCCACCGUCGCCUGAAAGUCUACCAUGCCUGGAAGUCAAAGAACAAGAAACGCAACACUGAAACUGAGCAGAGAGCUCCUAAAUCAGUCACCGACUAUGCCCAGCAGAACCCAGCUCCCCCCGUUCCUGCCCGGCAUCAAGAGAUCGCUAUGAACCGGCAGCAGCGCUACUUCCGCAUCCCCUUUAUCCGGCCUGCAGACCAGUAUAAAGACCCCCAGAACAAGAAGAAGGGCUGGUGGUAUGCCCAUUUCGAUGGCCCAUGGAUCGCCAGGCAGAUGGAGCUGCACCCAGACAAGCAGCCUAUACUACUCGUAGCAGGCAAAGAUGACAUGGAGAUGUGUGAGCUGAGUCUGGAGGAAACGGGGCUGACCAGGAAGCGUGGGGCAGAGAUCCUGCCACGCCAGUUUGAGGAGAUUUGGGAGCGGUGUGGUGGCAUUCAGUACCUGAGGAACGCAAUCGAGAGCAAACAGGCCCGGCCCACCUACGCCACCGCCAUGCUCCAGAACCUUCUCAAGUGAGGAGCACAUUCUGUGUCUCCCGGUCAGUCAGUUCUUACUGUCUCUGGACAGGUAGAUAAUGCAAUAGUGCACUAUAGGUUAAACAAAGGGAGCUUAAACCUCUCUGAUACAGUGGAAAUCUCAGACAUGCUCAUAUUUCAGUAAGGAAUUAUGAUCUACUGUAGAUUUUUUUUUUUUUGUCACUUAUUGUUUGUUUUUGGUUGAUAUUCAUUUUGCUGUGGUAAUUUGCAUUUUUUCAAUUUGCAUUUUCACAAAAUAUGAGCUUUGUCUGAGGAUUCAGAUGUAAUGCCUUAAUUUUAAUUUUCUUUUCUUUAUUUUCAUCGCAAAGCUUAUUCAGUAGGACACUUGUUUUUUUUUUCUUUAAGUAUUUACAUCCUUUGUUAUUCUGUGCUUCCCAUUGUUCCUGAAGGAUUGGGGUAAUUUAUUUUACCUUCAACGUUUUACUGUUUAAGUACAAUCAUCAUUGACAUGCUUAUUUCACUACUGGACUUUCAGCAGCCCUCAGCAAACCUUCAGCAUAAACUGAAUUGGCUGUUUUGGUAGAGUCCCCUUAAAUUUAGUAGACUCCUGGAACAGACAUGAUUUUUAAGCACAUUCUGCACAUUUGAGGUCAGGACCGAAUAGACAGCACACGUUGAUACAUUUAAUGUUAUCAAUGGCCUUUUCAGUCACCACGAAUGUUUGGGAUUAUUGUCCCAUUGAAACACCCAAUUGUCUCCCUGCUUAGCCAUUCAAGAAUUCAGAAGUAGCCUUUCUUGUUCAUUACUUGCACUAUAUUGUCAAAAAAAUUCACUCACCACACCAGACCUUCUCGUCCAACAUCAGUGCCUGACCUUACAAAUGUACUUCCCAACAAAAAAACACUCCUAAAUCUUGUGAAAUGCCUUCAUGAUGAGUGUAUGUAAACACGUCAACUGACAACAGUUGAUUGUGCUUAGAUUUUUUUUUCAGCCCUGAUGAUGCCGUGAAAGACGGAAGGUGAGCAGUAUCUUUAUAGAAUCAUGACUGCUAUCGGACUGCUUAGACUGUUAGAUAUCCCAUCUCUUGAGAUUUUGGAAAACCUUUGUUCAUUUUUUGGAUGCAUUUUGCAUGUUACUUGAGAGAGUUGCCGCAUACAGCAGUGGUUUUCAACUCCAGUUCUUUAGAGCAGGAGUACAUAGCUAAUGUGGGAGUACUUAAUCAACCCUAUUGAUAACUAUUGUUAAAUUAACUCUUUAAAAAUCUAACACUCACUGUUCAUUAACAAUUAACUGGUAAAAUUCCUGUGUAGUAACCAAUAGGCUAAACAUAUACUUGCUGUUUGCAUAGAUAACCAGUUGUAUCAUAAACGACACUGCUCACAAUUUGGCCUGUGUGUUAUUGGACUCUUCCACUUACCACAGCGGAAAGGCCACAUCCUACAGAUGCAUCUUUGUGUACACUUCAUCUUGUAGGAAUCUCAUUCAUUUCUAAAGAUGCUCACAAUCAAUGCACCAAUCGGAUGCAGGAUACGUGAGGCAGCCAUCAUGCGUAUUUAGCAGCAAGUAUAUUUUUAGCUUUAGAAAUGAGGAUUGGUUGGUACAGACAGGUGAUUGACAUCAUAUAUAAUCGUAAAUGUAUUUUAAUCUAUUAGACAAUACUUAGGCUGAAUGAAAAGAUUCACUUCAUCGUAUGGUAGCUUGUCACAGUUUUUCCGGUUAGUGUCAUACACCAUCAUGCUUAGUCAUAUAUUGUAUGCUCCAGCCAUGUACACUUUCCCCAUAAACAAGAUCUGCAUGUACUUUAUAUCCAUCUACCACUUUGUCCUUGAGCUGUCUAGUGUAUAGGCACCUUUAUGAUGAUUGGUCUCAUUUGAUGCACACCUGAAUAAAAAAAAAAAAAAAACUCAUGUUGUGGAUGAUAUAGCAUACCAGCUUUUCCUAACAACUGUGCAAUAGAGCCAUAACAAUAUAGCAAGUCACACCUUAAGCAUCUCUUUUACAUUUUAAAUAAAAAUUCCUUAAUGUAAUACUGUUUUAUAUAGCCACUUAAAAUGCAGUACACACAGUGUGUAGGCCCACGUUGCCAUAUAAUGAAUUUUCAUCUCUUAUUUCCCCACACAGUCAGGCUGAGAUUUAUAACUUUUCACACAGUCAUUCCCCAGCACCCCAGACAUUGUCUUAUAUAUCCCAGAAGGAAUGUGUGGGGAAAUAACUUAUCACAUACUUGCUGUAGUGGAUUGUUCGGAUUAGAAUACAUAAAAACAUUCCACACAAAAAAGUUUGUACCUUGCUUUCAUAUUUGACGGCUGCUUGUUUGUGACAAUGCAGUGAUUCUAAAGACCCCCACGUUUAAGGUACAUAUAAUACAAGAAGUCCUUAGAGAGCUGCGACACAAAAAAAACCUUUGCUGUGUAAGCUUUUGUUUUCUUUUUUUAUUUUGUUCUGUUCAUUGUAAAAGUGAAUAAAAAAAGAAAUCAA